AUGAUUUCCAACACAUCAAGCUUCCCUUCGUCCUUCCAGCUGAGGCUGACAGUGACUGCGUUGAGUUGUAUCGCCACCAUCGUCAUGUUGGUCGCUAUAUCCACCAAUCGCUGGGUGGACGGGAACGGCAAGGAUGACAUACAGAGUAUAGGUUUAUGGAAGGUCUGCAAUAGGGUCGUGUGCGUGUCCCACAGCGCAAUCAUAUAUUCCAAAGUUCUUCUUGUAUUCUGCCUUUUGUUUGGAAUAUGUGGCAAUAUUGUGGCUGUCCUGGCGCAGAUGUAUGGAGUGGAGGACAUUAAAAAGGCAACAGCAAAAAUAAUGUUCUUAACAGGUGUUUUGGGAUUGUGUGGAAUGAUUCCUGCCACAGUCUACUUUAGCCUUAUAUAUUAUUAUGGAGGCGUUGCCUAUGGUUUGGUCUUUGGCUGGAUUGGCACAUUCCUGUACCUUGUGGCUGGAUCCAUCAGCUGGUAUCACCAUAAAAAACAGCCGGACAGAGAAGGGACUUUGGAAGAAAUCAAACGGCAAUUGUCUAUGAGGAACGCACAGCCGCCGCCGUAUACAGCCCAACCCCCACCAAGCACU